CUUCAGCCAAACUCUGUCAUCAAAAUUCAGAAAAACAAUAUCUUAAUAAGAAAGUCAAGGCAUUCAUUUAAAGUCAGUUGUCAUAUGAACUUGCAAAAUUAUCCAAUGGAUAGGCAUAUAUGUCAUUACAAUAUUCGCACCUUUUCAGAGCCCAUAGAAAGAGUGAGUUUGUAUUGGAUUGAAAACAACUCGAGUCCGAUUGACUUUUUCGAUUCCCACCAAAACAAGAGUGUUAUCUAUAAGAAUGAAUUCACGCCAUCAUUAUUUGACAUAAAGAUUGGCAAUUAUGAGAGAAAUAUAAUCAAAUGGUUUAACGAGAACUACACGGUUUUGGACCUGGAGUUCAUAUUCGAGAGAACCAUAACUGCAAAUGUAUUAACGGUUUACAUUCCCAGCUCUUUGGUGGUGACCCUUUCGUGGAUACAAUUCUGGUUCGAUGUCGAAGCGGUUCCCGGAAGAAUGUCUUUGGGAAUCAUGUCGACCCUCACUAUAAUGACACAAAUCCUGACAAAUUACGAGAAGGCGGCCAAUCAUGUGACAGCUGUUGAUAUCUGGCUCCUGGUCUGUCUUAUUAUGGUAUUCCUGGCACUCAUGGAGUAUGCAUUCGCGUACACUAUAUCUCAUUACUACGACAUCGACGGUAAUAUCAAGGCUAAGAACUCAUUCAAGAAGAAUAUGAGUUUAAUAUUACGUGAAUUUCGCUCAAAUAAACUCAAAUCCAAUUUGAGUCAAAAAGCCGUCGAAGAAAAUAAUUUAUUCAAAAGAGUGACCGAAAAUGAAAACAAAGAAAAUUCUGACGACAGGAUCAGAUCUAUGCCCGAGUUGUCUGAAGUUCUUCAUUGUCUCAUUAAAUCGUUUAAUGAAAUGAAUAUUAAAUUAGAGGCCAAU